CCUUCCUCCCCCCCCCCCCCUUCCUUCAAUACAUCCAACAAUACCCCCCCAAAACACCCACAAACCCAAACAACCAUGUAUAAAAACGACAACCACCAGAAAAACAAUCCGAAGCUUUACAUGUCUCUCUGGGUACGGCCGACGCUGCUGUCCUCGUCGCGGGCGCUGCCGGCUCGCGAUCCGGGCGCCUGCCCAACGCAAAUGCCGGCACAUGUGGAGGCGGCCAACGCCCUGUGCGACCGGGCGGUGCUGCGCCUGUCCGCCGACCGGUCUGCCGAUCUGCUGGGCUUCCUGCAGGGAGUCACCGCGCAGGACCUCCUGCACCCGUGGACCCACCGGUCGCAGGAGGGCCCGACCGCCGCCGGGCGGCCGCUCUACACGGCCUUCCUGUCGAAUGUCGGCCGGGUCUUGUCGGAUGCCUUUGUGUACCUGCCGCCGGCCGGGGCUGCCCCGCACGACCGGGAUGUCCUUCUGCUGGAUGUGCCCGCGGCCCAUGUCGGCCCGCUGACGGCGCACCUGCGCAAGAUGGCCUUCCGCAAGCGCAUCACCAUCGACGACCUGUCGGGGUCGGUGGUGGUGGCGGCCUCGGUGGCCGGGGCCAGCGGCCUGGCGGACUUGGCCCCGCCGCACCUGCGCUACGGCGGCCGCGACAGCCGGCACAUGUUGCUCGGGUCGCGGGCGCUGGUCCUGCGCGAGGCGGCCGACGCCCCGGACGGAGGCUACACCCUGCCGAAUGCCAGCUUCUGGAGCUCGCGCCCCAAGUGGCUGGCCUUGCAGAAGAGCCUCGGCCUGCCGGACCUCUCGACCAUGGGCUUUUCCGCGGACGGCUCCCCCGGGGGCAGCAUCUUCCCCCUGGAGGCCAAUCUGGACAUGGCUGGCGGUAUCAACGUGCGCAAGGGCUGCUACCUGGGCCAGGAGCAAACCGCGCGCACGGUCUUCCGCGGCGCGGUGGCCAAGCGCCUGGUCCCGCUGGAGCUGUCCCUCGGUGUGCCCAGCCCCCUGGUGGCCGGCGAGCUCGGCGAGGAGGCCGGCGACCUCCGGUGGAUCGACGUCGGCGCCUAUGAGUCUCCCCUGCAGGAUGCCCUGUACACCCUCUUCGAGGGGCAGGGCCCGCUUGGUGGGGGCCAGGCUGCCGGCUCCGCCGCCGGCACCACCGAGGAUGCCCCGCCGGCCGCCGGCCUGUCGCUGGUCCCCUUCGACCUGGCCACCGAGACGCUGGUCGAUAAGCCGGCCCCGCGCGGCGGCCACCCUACCCUGGCCCGGGGGACGGUCCUCAAUGUUGGCAUGUCGGUCUUCCGUACCACUUCCAUCCUCAACCACCAGGUCUUCCGUGUGGUGGCUGCUGACGGCCAGCCGACCGAUAUCUUCGCCCGGGUGCAAGUCCCGGCCGACUGGCCGGCCAACCCUGCGGCCGACGGGUCCAACCCCCUGGCCAAGGGCAUCUUCCCGCCGGGGCUCGAGCCGUACGCCUUCAUCCCGGUCGAGGGGCAGGAGGAGGAGGCCCCCACUGCCGAGGCCCCGGCUCCGCCCAUUUCCCCGAUUGACAGCCCCAGCAACCUGGCUCACCCGCAGGGCUGGGAGACGUUGGUCUCCCUCUGAUAGAUGGCGGGCGCUAUCCCCAAGGUGCGGUCCCACCCCCUGGCAAGAUUCCCCCCCCCCCCCCCCCCCCCCUC